AUGUGUAGUUAUGCAUCACAUAAAUUCACGCAGCUUCGAAACCAGCUCAGAAGGAUGCUGUUCCACUCCACAAUGGACAUUCGUGGACUAUCCCUGGAAGGUCUGUGCAAUUAUUUGUACAGGCCUUUCACUCCACCUGGAGAAAGCCCAGUGGACCAGAAGAGGAUGAGGAUGACUGUAGCAAUUGUAACAUUUCUAUUCAGUAAAAAAUUUGAAGAAUGCAGCAAGUUUUGGGUUGAAUUUAAAGAUUUCUAUGAUGCAAUCGGAAGAGAUGAAAGAUCCAACAUAUGGGAACUCCUCCAAGAGAAGGAGGAGAGAAGAAUUAGGCGAUAUCGAGAGGAGCAGGAUAGAGAGAAAUGAAAUUAUAAUUUGGUACAUGAAAUAAAGAACUUGAAACCAA